GAGAAGAGAAGAGUGAAGAGAAUGGCGUCUGUUGCUGCGUGUUCAAUGUCGGUGCAAUUUCUCCAGACCCAAAGGACCAAUCUUGUUCCUUGUGCUCGUGUCAGUUCCAAAGCUUUCUUUGGUCGGAGGUUGCCGACUAGUUUAUUAUGCAAACGUGCAUCGUUUACUGUGAAGCCGAAAACAAUGGUGUGCGUCAACUCUACCGCAAAUGAGUUAGAGGAGAAGCUGCAAGCUAAAGUGACGACCCGGUGCUUUUUUGAUAUAGACAUUGGCGGUGAAGCUGUAGGUCGGGUUGUGAUUGGCCUUUUUGGUGAGGUUGUUCCUAAAACCGUCGAGAAUUUUCGAGCGCUGUGCACAGGGGAGAAAGGAUAUGGUUAUAAAGGAUGCUCUUUCCACCGCAUCAUUAAGGAUUUUAUGAUUCAAGGAGGGGAUUUCACUGAAGGAGAUGGAACCGGAGGGAUCAGUAUCUAUGGUUCCAAAUUUGAAGAUGAGAACUUUGCUUUGAAGCAUGUCGGGCCUGGUGUAGUGAGCAUGGCUAACGCAGGCCCUGGUACUAAUGGGAGUCAAUUUUUUAUCUGCACAGUGAAGACUCCUUGGUUGGAUGAUCGUCACGUUGUGUUCGGACACAUUAUUGAGGGAAUGAAUGUUGUGCGGAAACUCGAAUCCCAAGAGACAAGUAGGUCAGAUGUGCCUCGCUUGCCCUGCAGAAUUGUAAACUGUGGAGAGUUGCUUAUGGAUGGAUAACUCAUCUGUUGAUUCUUCUUAAGUUCAACUGUGGAAUACAGUUUUCCAGUUUUGUUCAUUCCACUGUUGUUCUUAUAUGAAUGUAAUACUUGACGGUUGUGACAUUUUACCAGU